CAUGAAUUAAAAGUUUGUGUUUCAUGUUGCAUUUUACACUAUUCAUAUGUUCUACUUUAACUAUGUUUUAUUGAUUAAUGUAUUACGAGUAAUAUAUUUUUUUGAAAAAAAAUGUUGUUAAAUUCUUCUCAUUGUAAAUUUUCAAAAUCUAUUUUUUUAAAUUUUUUAAGGAAAACUGUCAAAUAGGUAUAUACCGACAUGGAAGUCCACGUGUCAAUACAUUUUAUUUUUUCCAUUUCUUUUCUAUUUGCUAUUUCUUUCAUUGUUUUUCUUUCCCAGCUGACUUCUUCUUCCCGGAUGCAUCACCCAGUUCUUAUUUCCUUUCUAUCUGUAGUUCUGUUCAAUUUCUUUCUUGAUUUCUAUCCCUGGAUUUCUACAUCACCUCAUAUUCUCUCCUUUCCACUGGCUUUUCUUUCUUCAUCAGCGGGGAACAGUGAUCGGUGAAGGUGUUGCACUGUUGCCGACAAGCAGCAGGCAGCAAAUGAUAUGGGAGAUGUGAAGGCGCACAAGCCUGGAGAUGGUUGUGGGCAACCAGAGGCGAGAGACAGCGGUCGAGAUCGAGUCAAGGAUGUUGUGGGUGAAGGUCUAUAACGGCUAGGUAAGUUAUGGUUGUGGGCUAUCGGUGGUGAUGAGGACGCGGCAGCAGUUGGGGAACUCGUGGUUGCUGGCGGUUGAGAGAGUUGAGGGUUACAGAAGGAUGCUCUAAUUUGAUGGAAAGAAAAAAAGAAAUAAAUGCGCAAAAGAACUAAGUAAGAACGCAGGGAAGAAGAAAUGGUCAACGAGGAAGUGAAAAAGGGGAGAAUUUGCGUGGAUUGCCACAUGUGUAUGUCACCUGUUGACCAGAUCUCAACCCGCGAGGUAGACAUUCUGUAGAUGUGGGUAAUCUCCAACGCAACCGCAAGAGGGAGAUUGCAUCGACUCGAUCUACUUCACGCAAAGGCAAAGGUAAAGCGCGGGCCGAGUCUUCUUUUCAAAGUCGAGAUGAUUUUGAAACGGAUUACCAACGGCGAGAUAGUAUGAUGAUGUCCGACGAGGAACUACAACACCUAUUGUCCCAAAAUGAUCCACGUUUUGCACAAGAACAACAAUUCCCGACAACCAUCGAUGAAGAGGAGCUCGAGGAAGAGGAUGACGAUGGGGAGGAGGACGCGGGGGGCGACGGGACUCCGGAUGAUGAGGAAGAGGACGAGGGCCCUUCAACGACUACAACCAAAAUUGGUAAGAAAUCUAAAUCUAAAUCUAAAAUUAUUGAAAACAAUUUUACAAAAAGGAAAGACGAAAAAACCGAAAAAUGGUACGCAAGUUGCAAUCAUUGCAAGAAAGAGUUUAGCUUGGGAAUUUCUGGCGGAUACGGGAGUCUCAAAAGACAUCUUCAGUCCACCCACGUUGUGGAGUAUGCGAAAAUAGACAAAGGAAAGGGGAAGCAAACACAAAUAUCAAGGUUUGCAAAUUCUCAACCCUUUGGUAAUUUUUCCUAUGAUGAUAAAAAACAUUUGACUGGUAUGUCUCAUUUAAUUGUUGAAGAAAAUUUACCCUUUAUUUUUUCCGAAAGUCUUUCUUUAAGAGAUUAUGCUCAAGGUACUUUAAAUCCUCAAUUUAGAAAUUAUAGUCGCAAAACGAUUAAAAAAGAAGUUAUAAGGCAAUAUAACUUGGAAAAAGAAAAAUUACAAAUACUUUUCACAAACUUUGAUGGACGUGUUAGUAUUUGUAGCGAUAUAUGGGAGGAUACUUAUCAUCAUUUAUAUUAUUUGGGUCUAACUGCACAUUAUAUUGAUGAUGAUUGGAAUAUGCAUAAACGUGUUCUUGCUUUUCGUGAAUUCAAUGAUCGUCACACUGCUGAUAAUAUUUAUAUUCUCAUUGAACGUAUUUUAAUUGAGUAUAAUUUGAUUGAUAAGGUGUUUGCUGUAGGUUUUGAUAAUGCUAGUAAUAAUACUGCUGCUAUACCUAGAUUACGUGAAUUGUGUGGUGCUUCUACAUUGAUGGGUAGAUUUUUUCAUCAACGUUGUGCAUGUCAUAUUCUAAAUUUGUGUGUACAAGAUGGCUUAGCGGCAUUAGGAAAUGCUUUGGAGGUAGUGAAGGGGGGAAUUAAAUUGAUUUGGGCUAACACUCCACUAAAAAUGCAAUGGCAGCAAUAUUUGAAGGAUAGACGCGUGAAUUAUUGUGCUUUUCCUAAAGAUUUGUCUAUUCGUUGGAAUAGUACUUAUAAUUUAAUUCAAGUACUUGUUAGAUAUAAAGAUCAUUUUCCAGCUUUUUUAAGACAAACUUGUAACUAUAUUAUAAACCCGGCUGACAUCGACACUUGUGAAAAAAUUGUUAAUGUUUUGGCAUAUUUUAAUAACGCAACUCUAACUUUUAGUCAUGUUUAUAAACCUACCGCAAAAGAAUUUUUUGUUGAAGCUGUUAAUCUCGCCGGCGCUUUUUGUGAAUUUUCCGACGCCGCUUACGUUAGUUAUUUUUGUGAUUUCAUGAAACAAAAGUUUUUAAAAUAUUAUUCACAUAUUCCGCAUAUAUAUGGUAUUGCAUUUGUUCUUGAUCCUCGUUAUAAACUUCCUUACUUGGCAAAUUGUAUAGAUUACUAUUAUGCUUCUUUUUUUCCAACUCAAGAGUUCGAUGAUAAUCCCAUCGACCCUAAACAAGAAUUCAACGAGGUUAGUAAUUUAUUUCAUCAAUUGUAUAAUGAAUUUCAUGCACAAUAUGGUAAUGCACCCCCUCCCAUGCAACGAACAUCUUCUUCAUCUAAAGGAAAAUCACUUUUAAAAUCCGCUUUUGGUUCUCUUUUGAAAAAAAGUAGAGCAACUCCCGCUACUGAACAAAGCUCAGGUAACGAGCUUUCUUUGUAUCUAACAUUGAAUGUUGAUUAUGAAGUUGGUGAUGACUUUGACGUUCUUAAGUGGUGGAAGGAAAAUGAAAGAACAUUCCCGAUUUUAUCAAAGAUGGCUAAGUAAGUACUAGCAAUGCCGAUAUCAACCGUUGCCGUGGAACAAGAAUUCAGUGCGGCCGGCAACGUCCUAACCGAUUUUAAAACGAGGUUGAGCCCGAACUCUCUUGAGACACUAGUUUGCUUUCACGAUUGGUUGAAGGCCCAACGAAGAACUCAAGAAAUUACCAUCACUCCCUCCCGCCACUUUAUGGAGGAAACAACCGAAGGCGGAGAGUCCGAUUGAUUUUUUAUUACAAAAUGUAUUACAUUUUUUAAAUUCAUCCUAAUUCUCAAUUGUACUUCUUAUUUGAAAUAAAUAUACUUCAAUUCGAAUAUAAUAUAUUGU